ACACACAUACAGUGUGUUUGCUGGGAAGGGGAUAGUCCAGGGGAAACUAGGGAUUACAUUGUCUACCUGCUUGUGAAGGAAUUAUUUCCCUCUCUGGAAUUUCCAUUAAGGAGAUCUUGGAACAACAUCCUAAAGGAGCCACAGCCACGUUCUUAUCAUCAAAACCCAGUGACAUCACUACUAUCACCCAAUCUGCAACCUAUUUGCCAGCCGUCAGCAUCAUCGCUCGACUGCAACAUUAGCGCCGAACACGUUUGACAUCAUCAAGGAGACCAUGAGCAGCAACUACAGCGCCACUCUGUUAGGCCCUGCCCCCUGGGGCUUCAGGCUGCAGGGAGGGAAGGACUUCAAUAUGCCCCUCACCAUCUCCAGGCUGACAGAUGGUGGGAAGGCGGCUAAAGGUGGCAUUGGCAUUGGAGACUUGGUUCUGUCUAUUGACGGCAUCGCCACGGAGGGCAUGAACCACCUGGAGGCCCAGAACAAGAUCAAGAGCUGCACUGGCAACCUCAGCCUCACCCUGCAGAAGGCCCCCAGUGUUACAAAAUCUCCUCCUCCUGUGGCACCAAAGGACAACAGAUCAGACAUCAUAAAACCAGUGGCCCUCACCCAUCCCCCUCCACCAUCUCACCCCCACCCUCACUCCUCCAGCCCCUCCACCAUCCACUACAACAAGGCCCCCCGACCUUUCGGGUGCUGUGCAGAGAGUGGGUACCCUCCCUCACAGUCACCUUCCACUCCCUUCAUCCCAUCCCCAUCCUCUGCCUUCACUCCUGCCUCCUCCCAAACCAGCUCUCCUCCUCCCCCUCCACCUCCUGUCUCUGACCCAUCCUCUUCCUCCUCCUCCUCCCCGCCUGUCCUCGUUGCGCCACAGCCAUCAGUGUAUAACACACCGAUCAACCUCUACUCCACUGAGAACGCAUGUGAGGUGGCCAUGGGGCAGAGGCGGGGCCUGUUGGAGAGUCAGGGCGGAGCCUUGCCUUUGCAGUUUAAUGGAGUUCCCAGGAAGCACAUUGUGGACACAGACAUCCAUUUUUACCAUGUGCCCACUCAUGCUGAUGCCAGCAGGAAGCGCAUAAUGGAGGAUACAGAGGACUGGCGCCCUCGCACCGGCACCACCCAGUCCAGAUCUUUCAGGAUUCUGGCUCAGAUCACCGGUACCGAGCGUGCUCAAGAUGAGGAAGCUGACACAGCCAAGAAGUCAAAUGAAGAGGGAGAGGAGCCAGAGCUCAACAGCCAUGAGUCUGCAGUUAUCAAGACCAUGACCAAAGGACCUGCAGCAAUUCGGGGUCACGGACCACAGGCUGGUUUGAUCACCCCAUCUUUCGGGAUGAAGGGUAAUGGAAGUGCCAGCGUCCCGAGGGGUCCUGUCCCAGCCCGACCUUUACCUCAGCCCCACCCUGAGGACACCUUGGUCCAGAUGGCAGAGCACAUCCCUGCUGGGACUCGCACGCCCAUGUGUGCCCACUGCAUCAUGGUCAUCAGGGGGCCAUUUUUGGUAGCAAUGGGGAAAUCAUGGCAUAAGGAGGAAUUUAACUGUGCCCACUGCCGUACAUCCCUAGCGGAUAUAGGCUUUGUGGAAGAACGGGGAUCUGUCUACUGUGAACACUGCUAUGAAGAGUUCUUCGCUCCCACAUGCAGCCGUUGCCAGGCCAAGAUCCUUGGGGAGGUGAUAAACGCCCUCAAACAGACAUGGCACGUCUACUGCUUUCUAUGCGCCUGCUGUCAGCAGCCGAUCCGAAACAACACCUUCCACCUGGAGGAUGGAGAGCCGUAUUGUGAACAAGACUUUUACAGUAUGUUUGGAACCGGCUGCCAUGGCUGUGAGUUCCCCAUUGAGGCUGGAGACAAGUUCUUGGAGGCCCUUGGUUACACCUGGCAUGACACCUGCUUCGUCUGCACAGUGUGCUGCACCACUCUGGAAGGCCAGACCUUCUUCUCCAAGAAAGACAAACCUCUUUGCAAGAAACAUGCUCACACACUGAAGAUAUGAGUCUUGGACUUUUCUCAGAAUAUUCUAGCCAUACAUUCUUCUUUGGUCGAUGGGGUGGGAAGGCCUCUUAGUAGUUCAUGCAACAGUAAAACCCAAGCAAUACUUAGAAGCAUAGAGGUAAAAAUAAGGGAAACACUGCCAUGAAUGCAAAGUAAGCUUAUUCUUGUCCAGAGACCCAGAUCCAGUGUAAACAUAAUCUAAAAUACUCAUCUCUUGUGAUUUCUAUUAUAAACAGCAACAAAGCUUGUAGUAAAGGAUCACUGUUUGACCAAUUUUAUUUGGAUUUUAUUUGCUUCUGCGUACAAAUGUAGAAGUUUUACUGCCAAAUGGUGCAGUGUAUGUCUACUACCAUGAGCAAUUACCAAAGUCAGACAUUUAAUACUGUCUAAAAUGUAGUGAUCCAAGUCUUUAUUUUUAAAUCCAGAGUUUUAAUCUUUAGUUUCUCAGAUGCAUCACAGUGAGAUCAUCACAUUUACCAUUGAAAGCCAGUGUAAGCAGAGGCUCAGGUUACCUGUUAAAUCACGACACCUGCAAUUAGAUAGAACCAGAAAUGUGUGAAAAUGUAUUUUCAAACCCACACUAAAGGAAUUCAGACAGAGGAGAAUAUCUGACAGUUGGUUUUCUAAGCAGGUGUUUAUUUUUGUUUGUGUAGCUGUAAUUAAAUUUAAUAAUCUGAUCCGCAGCCAUUAAGACAGGUUCAAUAGAAUAUCAGCGAUCCAAUUCCCUGUGUCAAAUGUUGUUAUAUUUUGUUUUUGUGCCCUUUGCUUUAUGAGAAUCUACAUAAAAAAGUGUUGGACUGUGCUUACAAGUUGUUUUAAUACUGUACAGGUGAGCUGGAUGUCGGGGGGGUGAUGGUGAAACCUUUAUGCUUUUUAUUUCCUAUUUGUCGUGUGAAAUUUGUAACAAUGGCCAAAAUGUUUGAAUGAAUAGGCCAGAUUUAGUCACAUACAACGGUGAAGCACUUGAUGGACAGAGAGAAAGAGGAGUAGUCUUGAUAUUACGGAGGACAGAACCGGCCCUAAAUAUAAGCUAAAUAAAUAAGUAUACAAACAAAAUAAAUAAAUGUAUAACAAAAUAUAUAGAGACUACAGUAUAUUAUGUAUAUCUUUGUUCUUCUCCUAACUUUGAUAGAGUGACAUAUCUUGACAAUUGCAUUAUAUUGGCAGAAAUAUGUUUUCUAUACUAAGUGCCAUAUAGUUUAAUGAAUUCUAUUAAUAUUUUACUUAUUUUACCUCAUGUUAUUGUAUUUUAUAAUAAUUGCAUCCAUUUCCGGUUAAUUCAGUCCUCCAUGCUUCAUAGAAGUGAGCAGCUCUUUCUGUCCUGGCCUGCAAGAAAACAUGGUUACUAUAAUCCUUGUGUAGUAAAUUGUGUAUUUUAUUUUGUCUAGAGGUGAGAAAUGUCUUAUCUAACGAUAUGUAUUUAACAUUUUGGGUGACUGGGAGCAGUGCAGGGAGCAGAUAGGGGGUUGUUAUUUCUCUGUUUUAAGUAUCUCCCUUCACUGUUCACUAACCGUCCCAACGUACUGACUCUGAGAUAUUUACUUUUCAUUAUGGCUGAGGGGUACACAUGGUCACAAAUAUUUUCUUUAGUUUGCAAACACCAGAACAAAUGGCAGCAAAACACACUUUCACAUAAUUAUCAGUCAAGAAAGCUGGGUUUUUACUCUUCAGGGAUGAAAGGGGGUGAGUACAGUGUACAGCGGUAAUCAAACAAUACUCAUCUACAAAACUACAGUCGGAACGAUUAAAACUGAUCUGAGCUGUUAAAUAAAUGAUGUGCUUUUUUAACCCCCAUGAGAAAUA